AUGAAGACAACAGCUGCCGCCCUCGUCGGCCUCAGCGCUAUUGCUCCCAUCCUUGCCCAGGACGUUGAUCGGGAUGACAUCCCCAGCCAAUGCCAAAUUGUUUGCUCCAAUAUCGCGGUUGUGUCAGAGGAAUGUGACCGGGCCUUCCGUCGCGACCGCGACGAACGGGACUGUAUGUGUCAGGCUGAAAAUGCCAGGGAAGUGGUCCCUCUAUGCGCCGCCUGCAUCGAGUUCUAUGACAGCGAUGAUGAUGAUGAUAGUGACAGUGACGAUGAUGAAGACAAUGAUGCUGGCGAACUCCGAAGAGGCUGUGGAUUCUCGUCCAUCACAUAUAACCCGUCGAGUCAAUAUAUAGUUCCCCAAAUGACGGCUGCAACGACCAUCAGCAGCGGUACAGCUAGCACCACGUCCCCGACCGCAACCAGCAACCAAGGACAGCUUACUUCGGCUCUGAACAGCAUCUCCUCUGAACUGGCGACUGCUACCACGACGGACAGUGCCUCACUCUCGUCAGUCAUCAGCAGCGUGUCAAGCCAAGUUGGUGGCCAGGCGAGUGCUGCAUCUGAUAACUCAAAUGCAGGUGUAAAGCGGGAUGAUCCCCCGGCUGCGCUGGCUGGCGCUGCUCUGUUGGCUGCCGCGGCUUUCUUAUGA